CAGUGAAAGAUGGCGGCCGAUCUAGAGUUAUGACAUACAGCACGUUAGCUGAACAGGCACAGCAAGACGUUUCGAGAGAUAUAUACAUCUUCGUCUGAUCACACUGUGGGAUUUUAUGAUCUAGAGCUGCAGCCUGUUUUGUUUAUAUAAUUAACUAGGUGCAGGGUGGUUUGAGGAUGGCAACAGGAGGGACGCCAUUUGACGACUGUGCAGAUGAUCAAGAUCUGCCGAACUGGGCUACCAGCAACGGCAGCCUAGAAGACAGGUUAAACAAUAUGGACUGGGGCGCCCAACAGAAGAAGGCCAACCGGCCCUCGGAGAAGAACCGAAAGAAGUGCGGAGCGGCGGUGGAGAGCCGGGUGACCAACGACAUCUCGCCGGAGUCCACCCCGGGGGCGGGGCGAAGGCGGGGCCGCACCCCCCACUCCUUCCCCCACGCAAAGUACUCGACGCAGAUGUCCGUGCCGGACCAGGCCGAGCUGGAGAGGCUCAGGCAGAGGAUCAACUUCACCGAUUUAGAUGAGAGAAGCAUUGGGAGUGACUCUCAGGGGCGAGUCACAGCUGCAAACAACCAGAGACAGCUGGCCGACACCAAAAAGGCCUUCAAAUUUUUACCGCUCCACGUGAACACGAACAAAAGCAAGGAGUCAUCUGCCGCGGCCCCUUCAGCCGCAGUGCCACCGUCCACCAGCAGGGGCGCCAAAAAGCAGACCCUGAGCUUGGACCUGGCAGCCUGCGAUCUAAGUAAGGAGGGCAGCAGGACAGAGCGAGGAGCAGGGGAUGAUGGGAGAAGAGAACCAGGGAUUGACAGCAGCCAGGUCGUCAGCAAGCUUGUUCAGAUUAGGGAGUAUAUUGGCAAGGCCAGCACCAUAAGGGACGACCUGGUGGAGAAAAACGAUAUCCCCGCCAAUGUCGAGCGUUUAUCGCACCUAAUAGUGCACCUAAAGGAGCAGGAAAAGUCCUACUUGAGAUACCUUCAAAAGAUGUUGGCCGGACAGAACGACGAAGACGAGGUCCGCCCCAUGGACUUGGCGGCCGAGAGCCUCUCCCUGAACGUUGAGGCGAGGCCCGAGGGGUCUGCUGCUGUCGGCAGGGCCAGGCGUGCGGGGGCAAAGGAGGAGGAAGAGGAGGAGCUGGAGAAUCUGCGCAGGCAGCAGGAGCUGCUGAAGCAGAUGCUGAUGCAGCAGGAGCAGCUGCGCGCUCUGCGCGGCCAGCAGGAGGCGCUCAUGGCCAUGCAGCACGGCGCCCCGCGGGCGGGCGCGGCCAUGGACGACACGGUGAUAACAGAAACGACAGGCAGUGUUUCUGGCCUCAGCAUCACCUCUGAGCUGAACGACGAGCUGAACGAUUUAAUUCAGCGUUUCCACAACCAGCUUCAUGACACACAGACAAAGGUGGUUCCAGACAACCGGAGGCAGGCGGAGAGCCUGUCCCUGGCCAGGGAGGUCUCCAGAUUGCGGGCGCCUCCUCCGCCCCGCCCCCAGCCCGCCCCCGCAGCCGUGACCAGCGCUCGGCUGACCAAGCUCCAGGAGCUGCAGGACAAGAAGGAGACCAUGGACAAGAUCCUGGAAGAGCUGCACACCCUGAGGGACCACACGCUGAACAACAGAUCCUAUGGAGGGAUGAUGUCCAGCUUCUGUCAGCGAGGGGCGGAGCCGAGGUCCUCUGUGGAACGCCCCUCUGCCGUCAACAGGGAGCUGAAUGGCCGCGUCGGCGUGGUCAUCAGACAUGACCCCGCCCCCUCCUACCGCGAGCCGCAGCCGGAGGACGGCGCCAACCCCCCAGAUAAACUCAGGAAGCUGAAGGAGGUCCAUAAGCGGCUGAACGAGCUGAGGGAGCUGGUGCAGUACUACGAGCAGUCCUCCGACAUGAUGGCCGACACCGUCAACGAGAACGUCAAGGAGGAGGACGACGACACCGAGGCCAUGUUCGACUCCGAGCAGGAGAACCCCGGGCCGGUCACCAACAUCAGAAACCCUCGGCAUGCUGGGAACUGGGUGGACGUGAGCGGCCUAUCUGGCUCUCACGGAACCAACAACCGGGACGGGAGGCUGAACACGGACUGCGAGAUCAACAACCGCUCUGCGGCCAACCUGAGGAGCCUCAGCUUCCCCUCUGCCAUAGAGUGCCAGUACAACAGGUACCACCCCUACAACGAGGCCAAAGACGGCAGCGAAGACGAAGAGGAGGAAGAGGAGGAGGAUGAUGAAGAAGAGGAGGGGCUGGUGGAUGAAGAGGAGGCGCGGGAGAGGGGGCCGGGGAGCGACGGCUCGGGUUCGAGCCGCAGGAGCAGCCUGGCCGAGGAUCCGGAGCUGGAGCACAAGGUCCGCCGCCUCCAGUCCGCCAAGCAGAAGCUGAGGCAGCUGCAGGAGCUGGUCGCCAUGGUGCAGAGCGACGACACGGACGGGACCACGGCUAACGAGGAGGAGGGGCCGGUCCAGCAGCCCAACAACGCCCGAGCGUCCGUCGCCAAACCCCAGAGGGACCCCUCUGCGACCGAGGCUGCCAGGGAGAAGUUCUAUCAAGCCAAGCUGAAGCAGCAGCAGCGGGAGCUGGAGAGGCUGCAGGAGGAGCGGCAGCGCCUCUCCGAGAUCCAGGGAAAGAUCCAGGACCUGCAGUGGGCCUGCCCCGACUUUCAGUCGUCCAUGUCCAGCACGGCGAGCCAGGCCCAGGGCCCCAGGAAACCCCCCGAGGUGGCCUCCACCCCCAGCGCCGGCGCCAGCGGAGCCCAACCCGACCCCCCGGAGGAGCUCGCCCCGGAAAACGAGCUCUUCUCGGAGAUUCGGCGGCACCAGAUCCUGCGGGAGGAGCUGAGGCAGAGGAGGAAGCAGCUGGAGGGGCUGAUGGCCGAGCAGCAGAGGCGGAGGGAGCCGCCUGACUCCGCCUGCCUGGCCCCGCCCCCGGCCCUGCCCACCCAGCAGCCACUGAGCAGGGACGAGAGGACCAUGGCCACAUGGGGCGGGUCCACACCACGCCACCUGGAGGAGGAGGAGGACUGCUACCCCUCAGAAACGGGGGCUGAGGAGGAGGAAGAGGAGGCAGACUCCAGCUCCAGCGAGGACCUGCCCCUGUACACCAGCCGGACCCAGGCUUCCUUCAGCGGGCGCAAGUCCAAUGAGAGCGGUCUGAAAACCUCGAACCCGUACCCGGCGGGCGCCGUCCCGGGCCCGUCCUCCAGGGGGCGGGCGAAGGCCAGGAGCAGGCAGCAGCAGCAGCAGCAGCAGCAGGGCGGGGCCGAGGGCGGGGCCGGGGGGCGGAGGCAGGAGAACAUGCGCUGGGCCUGGGCACGCUCCCCACUGGAGGGCCAGCAGCACUGGCAGGAGCAGGUGACCCAGCUGCAGAAACAGCUGGAGUUCAGCACCGUCAUGUGCCAGACGCUCCUGCACGACCAGCAGUCUCUGUCCUGUUUGCUGCAGUCUCUCCUCUCCACUCCGUACAGCGUCAUCCCCAGCAACGUCGGCUCCCCGCAGGUGCACAUGGUCAUGCACCAGCUCAACCAGUGCUACACGCAGUUGGCGUGGCAACAGAACAACGCGCAGAGGUUGAAGCAGCUGCUGAACGACCUGCUCCUCCAGCAGCAGCAGCAGCAGCAGUGCCAGCCCGCGCAGCAGCGCGGCCGCCCCGCCUCCCCCGGCACCUUCGCCCCGCCCUUCCCCAUCCCGCCCGGCGCUGUGGGCCUGCCCGGACUGGCCGGCUUCUCCCCGUCUCUCCUUCCCUCCGGUACGGGCCCUCCUGGAGGGUUGGGGUUCAGCCCCUUGUUCGCCCCUGAUUUCGGGCAGGCCGCCGCCCAGCAGCAGAUGGACCACAACUCCUCCGCCCGGACGGAGUACAUGAGCUUCCCCCCGCCACCGCCCCCGCCCCCCCCAGCAGGACAGGACCGCCGCCGGCGGAGCGGACAAACGCACGCAGAAAGGGGCAGAGGGAGGGGACCAGGCGGGCGCAGGCCGGCCGAACCCCGCCCGAGCCGCGAGGGUGGAGCGGCGCCCCGUCCCGGCAGACGGGGGCGCCCGCCUCCGCCGGACCCCCGAGCGGGAGGACGAGGGGUCCCCCUCCCCCCCGCCCCGGGCCGGCAGGACCCGGCUGUUCCACCCGAGUCCCUGGAGAGCCUGAGCAGCCUGCCGGACCCGGCCGACCCCACCACCAUCACCAGAACCUUCCGCUGCGGCAGGAAGGCCUCCGCCCAGGCCAGCCUGGCCACGCGGGACAAGACCCCCACCGCCAAGAGGAAGAGGAGCAAGGGCCACGCCCGAAACGCAGGGGACAUUUCGGCGGAGUGCUGCCCCGCUCCCUCGGCCCAGGGGACGGACAGCGUGUCCAGCGCCAGCGAGUACGGCCGCGACCCCGCCCCCGCCCCCCUCGCCAAGCAGCGGGAGCAGAAGCGCCUGCUGGACAGGCUGACCCAGGAGAAACUGGACAGCAAGAUCAAAGUGAGGCACGCCAACGAGCCGUCCUCAGCGUUGGCUUGGAGCGCACCACUCCACUCUAACAGAAACGCAUGCACUGAAGCAGCAGACACCAGCAGCGACUUCUCCCUGUUCGAGGCCCUGCGGGAGACCAUAUACGCGGAAGUGGCCUCCCUCAUCUCCCAGAACGAAUCCAGACCGCACUUCCUCAUCGAGCUCUUCCACGAACUCCAGCUGCUGAACACGGACUACCUGCGCCAGCGAGCGCUCUACUCCCUGCAGGACGUGGUCACCAGGCACCUGACUGACAGGGACACGGCCGGAGGGCGGCCCAAUCCGCUGGGCCCGCUGGCCUGGGCCACCGCCUCCAACUCGGAGCUCACGCCCAGCGAGCCGACCAGCAGGGCCACGAGCGACGCGGAUGUUUGCGAAAAGACUGCCCGGAACAACCUGAACCCCGUCAGGAGGCUGAGCAACAGAGACGCCGGGGACAACGAGAGCCCCCUCUCCACCUCCUCCAACCUGGAGCCCUUCGCCAGCGACGAUCUGGGGGACACUGUGAUCCACCUGGACAGGGCGCUGGCGAGGAUGAGGGAGAACCAGCAGAGCGCUGGGGACGACUCUGUGCCAGCAUCACAGGAAGGUGCCGGUGAUGGGUCCAGCUGUUUGGGACAUGUGCCCGGGGAUGCCCGUUGUCCGCAGGUCGACACGGAGCAGCUGGACAGGCAGAUCAAAGCCAUCAUGACUGAGGUCAUCCCGUUCCUGAAGGAGCACAUGGAGGAGGUGUGCUCCCCGCAGCUCCUGGGCUCGGUCCGGAGCAUGGUGCUCUCCCUCCUGCAGCGGGCCAACGAGAGCAGGGAGUUCAUCCGCUUCCUCCACCGACAGCUGGACCGCAUCCUGAAGGAGAACCUGAGCAGGAUGAUGGGCAGGAUGCUGAAGGAGUGUGGGGAGGACCUGCUGGUCAUGAUCUCUGAGAUCCUCUUCAACGAGCUGGCCUUCUUCAGCCUCAUGCAGGGGAGAGCCGCCAGAAAGCCGGACCCCCCAGCCGUGAAACACACUCGCUCUGAGGAGAGGAAAACCGUUGAGGGUGAAGGGUCCUUUUCUGCAGUGUUUAGUGAUGAAGACAAAGACAAAGACGAGGCCGAAGAGGGAGCUGCACGUCACCAUGGCGAUGGAGACGAAGCUGGGCAUGGUGAGGCCGGCCUGCUGAGAGCAGAGAGCCAGGCACGUAGCAGCUGCAGCAGUGAGCAGGCGGAGCAGCAGGAUGAGGAGGAAGAGGAGGAGGAGGAGCUGAAGGCCGAGCGUGGGGACACCCUGGCCUACCUGCAGGCCUGCGGCAGUGCUCCGCCCACACCUGAGCAGCUGUCAGUCCAGGGGGCAAGGAGGGCAUCUGGAAGUGGGAAGUGUGGCCUGGAGCCUGCAGGAAGCUGUGAUGAGGUGAGAAUGGUCCAGUCUGAAACCAUGGAGGUGGCGUCUCCCACGUUGAAGGAGAGGGGGAGUGGUGACCUGGGAGCUGCUGAAGGCCAGGCCCCCCAGGAUGAGGGCGAGGGCAGGGGGGCCCCCAAAGCACCCACCGAAAAAGGGUCGUCCCCUGAGGGCUCGGUGGCCUGCAGCCCGGACACGGACUCCCCCGUCAUCGUCAAUGAAGACGAGGUUGGGUCUGGGAAUUUGAGCCAGAAGUCGGACGAAGAUGAUUUUGUGAAAGUGGAAGGCGUUCCCCUGCAGCUCUCCACUCUGUGUGAGGCCGAGCUUCGCAAGAGAAUCGCAGAAGAGCAGCAGAACAACAACCUGUCGGUGGAGAUCAUCAACGGGAACGUGGAUGGGCUGACGGGGCUUGUGGGAAACACUCAAACCCUCAAAGAGCCAGAAACGGUUGGAGCACAGAGUGCAUGAAGACGGUCCUCACUUUGUGAUGUCAUUAUGACAACUGAGGCACCCCAAGGUCUUUGGGCUGAACUGAAUGUCCACACUACGUUUUCUUUCCCCCUCAUCCAUUUUAGCAACCACCAAACUGGAAGAACCGCAUUGCGGGUUGAAUGAAUAGCGUUAGCCGUGUGUUCGCUCGAAGAAGAAACGCCCAUUUAAUCCACGCAACACUGAAAAUGUAAUUAACCGUAAGUGACUGAUUAGCCUGCUGUAGAACCCCCCGCGAUGCCUGUCUGUUGUUGUCACGGCGAGGGGAAAACGCGGAAGAAACUUCAAACGCUUUUCGAUCGUUACGUUGUGCGUUUUACGAUUGUCGCAGACCGGGUGACCGGCUGUCCAAAAGCAGUCCGCUCUCAGCCCUGAAAACAGUCUAGCCUUAUUUUUUUUUUUU